AUGGGUUUCCAAAAUUUCGAGACAUCUGAUGAGCCCAAGUUCCCCAUGCAAGAGUACUUGCAGGAGCACUACCUUGAGUUCGCACCCAAUGGGAAAUCUAUAAGGUGGACACACGACAAUCCAAGGCAUCCUAGGAACUGGCCUAUGUGGAGGAAGACAUACGAUGUUGGACUUAUUUGCGCUCUGGACCUUUUUAUUACUGCGAGCAGCACUGCAGGGGCCGCUGCUGCCGCCCAAGCUCGACAUGAAUAUGAACUCGACUAUACCUAUUCCACCUUUUGCUUUGUCACUUUGUUUCUGCUAGGACAAUCCGUGGGAAAUGUUGUCCUUCCACCUUGGACCGAAUCAUUUGGACGUAAAAAGAUGUACAUAAUCAGCAGCGGGCUGAGCUGUGUUUGCUGCGCAGUCAUUGGAUUUGUCCACUCUCUCCCCGCAGCAAUUGUGAUGCGAAUAAUUGCAGGACUACUCUCUGCAGUCCCAGGCACAAUUGUGGGUGGAAGCAUCGAAGACAUCUUCAACGCGCAGGCUCGCAUCUGGGUGGUCUUCUUCUGGACCGUCGCAUCGAACAUUGGCUUGAUCAUUGGACCCAUCAUGAGCAGCCAUAUAAUUGAAGCUCUUAACUGGCGAUGGGUCUUCUUUAUAUAUGCCCUCAUCAUCGGCAUCAUCACUGGUCUCCUUUUCUUCAUUCGCGAAUCUCGAUGCUCCCUUUUGUUAACCCACGAGGUGGACAUGAUGCGACAGGAGAUUCCAUCUCUUCCUCGUGCUCUUAAUCACGACCACUCCCCCGAUCUGCGCACCUUUGUGAAGGAGGCACUAUUCCGCCCCGCUCAGCUCUUGUUCCAGGAGCCAAUUAUCUUUACCAUCGCAAUCAUGAUCUCAAUCGCCAUGUCUCUCAUCUAUAUAUUCACCGAAGCAUUGCAGCCCAUCUACAUGGCAAUGGGUUUCUCUGUUUCUCAAUCUUCACUUAUCUUCAUGGCCAUUGGUCUUGGUACUUGUUUCAGCGCCUUGACCCGUUUGUUAGACUGCCACAUCUUCAACAAACGUCGAAACCAAGGAGUUGCUAUCAAACCAGAGGACAAGCUUACCGGCUUGGCAAUUGGUGCUCCCUGUCUAGCUAUUGGGCUUUGGUGGUUCGGUUGGACUAUUCCACCAUUGGUUCAAGGACCGAACAUCCCCUGGAUUGUACCAACAAUGUCGUUGGUUUUCGUCGGAUAUGCAUUGACCGAGUUGGAUAGUGUCCUGUACGGAUACAUCACAGACAGCUAUCUGAGUUACUCGGCUAGUGCCACUGCUGCAGUAGCCUUUGUGCGGGGUAUCAUGUCUGGAAUUGUCCCUCUUUUCACUCGACAAAUGUUCGAAGGGCUGGGGGCAAACGUUGCAGUCUCUAUCCUUGCUGGUGUUGCAAGUCUAUUCUGCAUCGUGCCACCAUUGUUCCUCUGCUUUGGUGAGCGUAUUCGCCAACGUAGCAAAUUUGCAAGCUACAGCUGGCAGAUUCAUGAGGAACUUGGCAAGGAUGUUGAUGAUAUAUGA